CUUGCUGUUGCUGUAACUGUAACUGGGUUGAUGCUUGAUGUGGGACGACGGUCUUCUUUCUCGCUAGUACUUUGCCGACAUGGUUUCUAUACAGUCUCAUCUUGAGAAGACAGAAGAGGUGACGAGUUUACGUCGUGACAUACUACAGUAUCGCAGAGUAACUGAAGAACUCACCACAAAAUACGAGAAACAGCGUCGAGAGCUAAAAGAAGAACGUUUGUCUAAUCUACGCCUAAGGGGAGAUCUAGAAAAGGCGCGGAGAGGCGAAGAUUGUGGGAAUUGUAACGAUGAGAAGUGUGAACUGCUAGCUCAGCAAUGUGAGGUGUCUAAGAAGGAAAGGGCAGAUGCUCUGGAUGCGCAAGAGAGACUGACUCAACAGUGUUUUAACGUUGAGAGAGAGAAUGAAGCUUUGAGAAAAUCAGUGGAAGAGCUGAAGUUGAGGAUCACAGAGUUAGAGAAAAUUGUUGACAGGCAGACAGAACAACUCCAGUGUGCACAACAAGAAAUGAGGGAGUCUCAAGAGAAACGGGACUGGGCAUUGGAAGCUCAUCAGAAGACUCUGAGGCAGUGUGUUGAAGCUCAAAAUGUUUGUGCAGAGCUGCGUAUUGCAAGAGACCAAGCAAUUAACAAACAGAUAGAUGCUGUCAAGAAACUGGAUGUGCUAAAGUCUUGUAUAGAAGACACGUCUUGUGAGUCUGGACAGUCGCCUAACAACUGGCGGAUGUUGUGCCAGAAAUUUGAAGAGCUAAUUGCUGUGGCAAACAGAUGGCUUAUGAAGGAACAUGCAUGUACUUCUCUUGGAGGGAUGUGUGAAGAAAGUUCACGCCAAUGUCAAUGUGCUGAGCAUAUUGAAGAAGGAAAGAAAUCAUCUCAUCUAAAGGGUACUCAGUCUCUACCUACAAUGAAGCAAGAUGCAGUGGCCUGUUUAAAGAAGUCUGUAGAUUGUAAUGGGAAAACGUGGGAUAAGUGGAUUGUCACCAUUUCUGAAGAUUCAGGUGUUAUGUCAGCUAUUGAAUGGCAGACGCUUCCCAUAGUGACUGGGUUGAAGCAUGAAGCAAUAAAUAGUGAUCUUUCUUUAGGGGAUGUUGUGUUAGAGGUCAAUGGAAUAAGUACCAAAAAUGUUACUGCAUUCACUUUUCAGCAGUUGCUGAAUUCUCACAAAUCUGCAUGCUCGUUAUCUGUUCAAAACCACUGGAAAGUUCCAGUGCAAUUGACUCGAGACAUUGGCUUUCUAGCUAAUGAGUUGCAGCUGAUCAUGACAAAACUGUCGUCUGACUGGGCAAUAGUUAAGAAGAGAAACAUAGCUGAUUUGGACCUUUCAUCCUUUACAGCUUCUAUUGGUCAAUGGAGCAGUCAGAAUGAGCACAUAAGUAAAAGUGCUGUUUUGUCUCGGUCUGUUCCUUUAUCUGCGAUGUCUCCAUCACAUAGUGGAGGAGAACAGAAAGCAACACAAGUCUCCAGUUUAUCUGGGGACUCUGAAGUUGGUUUGUCUGAAUUUGAGCUGCAUUGCUGUGAAGUGCAUACAUCACCUCAGGAUGUGAAAUCAGUGAAGAAUGUGUGCAGUAGUACAGCACGCAAUGCAGGGACACAUCACAAAAGCACAAAAACUAGAAUAUCAACAGAGUUGCAAAAUGAAUUACGGCGAUUUAAAUUGAAUAGUAGGAAAGUUUUAAAUGAUAUUUCUAAGGAAAGUACUGAAAGUCAAAAUCACGGAGAGGUGAAGAGGGACUGGACAGAUGAUUCUGUUCCAUGUGUGUAUACUGAUUCAAAGUCAUUGUUAGAUGGGUGCAGACUGGCACGAUCAAGACAACUUGAUUCUGGGAGGAAAUACUUUAGUUGGAGUGUACCAAAAUCAUAUGAAGGGCAAUUGAAGCAUUGGCCGGCUCCAAACUCUCUGCUUAAACGUGCUGCUACUGUUAAUGAUGGUUUAGGUUUGUAUUCAUCUGAGUGUUCUGUGGGAGAUAGUGUUGGUAAUACCAUUCCAUCUGGUGGAUUUGGACGUGUGCAAUUGGCACAGAAUAGGCAAUAUCUUAGAACAAUUUCCUCUGGGGCGACAAUGAGUGUCAAUUCAAAAACAGUUUGUUGGAAAAGGGAUGUUGUCGUUGAGAAGCGUGAUGGAACAUUGGGAUUUAUGAUUCAAGGUGGAAACAAGACAGGCAUCUUUGUGUCAGAGUUGAGACCGGGAUAUGAAGCAGGAAGCGGUGGAGUUCAAGCAGGAGAUGAAAUUUUACAAGUUGGGGAUCAGAGUCUGGAUGGGUUGACGAGGGAAGCAGCAGCUGUGCUUUUACGUAGUGUUGGUACUAGAGCUAGACUAGUUGUGCAGCAAAAUCUACAAAAGUUUCUUCAACUUCCUCACUACUGUGAUUCUUUGUACUUGAGGUGUCUCACUUCUUACAAGGCAUGCCAUCCAGCAGAAAUGGAUUUCAAUGAAGGGCACAUUCUUCAUGUUGUCGAUACUGUUGUAAACCAUCCUCCCAACUGUUGGCUUGCUCUGAAUUUGUCAGUCGAUAGUAGUGAUAGACAGCCUAAAGUGAUCCCAAAUUUGAAAAGGUCACUUGAGAACUGGCAAGGUCAGAAGAUGUAUGAACAAAUUGAUUUCCGAGUUGUGUAAAUGGAUUAAAUUAUGGGUAUACUCAUGAUCUCAUUAUCAGUAGACUCACUGCAUUAUUGUUUAUAUUUGUACAAGUAAUACUGUUUGAGUUUGAAUAUGCUAUGGAUUGUGCUGAACGUUAUUAUGCAGAUGCUCACCAAACUCUUUAUUUUAUAAUUAUGUGAGUUGCAGAAAUUUUAGCAACAACACAAGACCACUUACCU